AUGUACGUCUCUAGCAUGAAGGGUCGUGCGGGUGACAAGGAGAUGACGGCAAGAGCCUCAGGGAAGCGCCGCUCGCGCCUGAACCCGAGCUCUCCAGCGGUCCUCAUCGCUGUCGCAGUCCUCAUCUGUACCGUCCUUCGCAUUUACUGGUUCAGUGACUGGUCUCACUCGUACCUGCUCGCGCUGCACUCUUCAGCUGGCAACCGGCGGAACAUGACGGCUGCGUGGAACUCGGAGUGGAAGCGGCACGCGCGACACUUCCCUUCCGCCUUCGAGGCGAGCCAGCGCGUCGGACGCACCGCCGAACUCUUCGCGGCCACGUUCGCAGUCGCUGCGCCACACGCGACCGUGCCGCGGGUCGAGGAGUCGGCCAUGGAGUGCUCGAGCUACGCGGGCCCGAUGUACUUCCCGUACGGCGGCAAGGCCAAGGUGCAGCGCAGGCCGGUUCGUGCCGCCACCUCAACCUCCUUCAGCCAAAGUGUGGGCAGCAUCGCCGGCGGCGGCGGCGGCGGCGGCGGCGGCGGUGGCGGCGGCGGAGGCGACAAGAGAGGGGAGGCGCGGCUGGCGCUUCGCAGCGUGUCACUCCACGACGUGCGUCUGCUCCCGGGCUCCCACUUUGAGCACGCCAGCCGCGUCAACACUGCCUGGCUCCUCGCGCUCGACGUCGACCGGCUGCUCCACUUCUUCCGCGUGACGGCGGGCCUGCCUCCGCUCAAAGCGGCGCCGGCGUACGGCGGCUGGGAGAGCGGCGGCUCGGGCCUACGUGGCGAGUUCGUAGGCCAUUACUUGCACGCCGCCUCCGCCGCCGCUGCAUCGACGGGGGACGAGACGGAGCGAGCGGCGCUGCUCGCCCGCUGUGGCGCGGUCGUGCGAGGGCUCGCCGAGUGUCAAGCCAAGCUCGGCGCCGGAGGCUACGUCUCCGCCUUCCCCGAGGCCGAGUUUGCUCUCACGGAGGCGGGCAAGCCGCCCGGGCCUUGGGCGGGCAAGCCGCCCGGGCCAUGGGUGCCCUACUACGUUAUGCACAAGCUCCUUGCCGGUCUGAUUGCGCACCGGCAGCUGUGGCCGAGCACAACGUCGGGCGCUGCGGCCUUGACCGUCGCGCUGCAGCUGGCGUCGCACCUUCGCGGGCGUGCCGAUGCGAUGUGGCGUGUCGACGCUAUGUGGUCUGCGGGCGGCCGUGAGCGGUGGGAGGACUUCAUCAACCAAGAGGUUGGCGGCAUGUCGGAGGCGCUGGGGGACCUCUCUCUUCUCUCGGGCGAUCCGGCGUGGGCAAGCCUCGCGGCCAGAUUCGAGCGGCCGUGCUUCAUUCGCCCGCUCGCCCUCGCAGCCUCCCUCGCCGCGCCGCUCGACGACGCGGCGUCGGCGCCGAUGGCGAGCGCGGAGAAGCGCGACGCGCUGCGCGCCGCCGCCGCCGCCGCCGCCGCGGGAGCGAUCGAGAAGCUGCACGCGAAUGCGCACCUGCCCAUGCUGCUCGGUGCGAUGGGGCGGCGGCUCGACUGCGGCGGGAGGCGGCUCGACUGCGGCGGGAGGCGGCUCGACUGCGGCGCGAGGCGGCUCGACUGCGGCGGGAGGCGGCUCGACUGCGGCGGGAGGCGGCUCGACUGCGGCGGGAGGCGGCUCGACUGCGGCGGGAGGCGGCUUGAUUGCGGCGGGAGGCGGCUCGACUGCGGCGGGAGGCGGCUCGAUUGCGGCGGGAGGCGGCUCGACUGCGGCGGGAGGCGGCUCGACUGCGGCGGGAGGCGGCUUGACUGCGGCGGGAGGCGGCUCGACUGCGGCGGGAGGCGGCUCGACUGCGGCGGGAGGCGGCUCGACUGCGGCGGGAGGCGGCUUGACUGCGGCGGGAGGCGGCUUGACUGCGGCGGGAGGCGGCUCGACUGCGGCGGGAGGCGGCUCGACUGCGGCGGGAGGCGGCUCGACUGCGGCGGGAGGCGGCUCGACUGCGGCGGGAGGCGGCUCGACUGCGGGCGAGGUGUGGAUGCCGGCGAGGCGGCGCGCGGACAGCUACAGGGCGCAGACCACGAGGCUGUGAACGGCGUCUAUUCACACCUCCAGCUGCGGCUCGCGGCGCGCGGCCAUGCGGGCGCGCUCGGCCGGGUCCGGCUGUCGCUCAGCAUGGCCCUCUCCUGGGAGAGGCUCAAGGACGAGCGCGCGAGCUUCGCGCCGCUCCAGGCGGCGCUGCUCGGCCCGCUCGUCCUCGCCGGCCUGACCUACGCCGACCGGCGCAUGCACGCCAACGCGACCCUGCGCAGCGUGCCGCCGCCGGUGCGCGCGCAGCUGCGCGCGCUGGUCGCCCACGCGCCGCCUCGCGCGGCUGCCGGCGGCGGCCUCGCCCCUCCCCCUGCCGGCUGCCUUGUCAGCCGGCCUCCGCUCCUUCGCCGCGUCGCCGCCAAAGUGGCGAGGCCGCCCACCGCGUCCGUGUACGAGGCCGAGACGGACGAGCAGGCGGUGCUCGAGCGCGGCUUCUUCUUGGAGGCGCUCGACGCCCCCGGCGAGGCGCUCGACGCCCCCGGCGAGGUCUGGCACGGCCGCCGGCAAGCUGACGGCCGGCUGCGGCUCGAGAGCGCGUCGACGGCCGGCUCCUUCCUCGCCGUAGAGCCUCUCGCCGGCGGCUGCCGCGGCCAGCCGCCUCUGCUCCACCGCGGCGCUGUCCCCUCCUGCGCGUGGCGCCUCACCCUCGCCUCCGCCUCCGCCGGCGCAACGCCACUCGACGUCUCGCUCGCCCCGCCGCACGCCGAGUUGCCUGCGGUGGCGUAUUGGGCGGUGCCGCCGGCCGACGCGCCGCUGGGGCUGGAGCGGUCGCGCCUGAUGCUUCCGCUCAACGAGAUCGUCGACGAGCACUACUCGGUGUACUGCUACUACCAGCCAACCAUGGCCUACCGGAUGAGGAUGUUCAUGAGCCAGAAGCCCUCGUCGGUUGACCUGCGCGUCUCCGACUUCAAGAGGGUUCCCGGCUUCAACUAUGUGCUGCCUGUGUUGGCGGAGGACGAGCACACGUACGACUCGCUGUGCUCUGAUAUCCGAGAGGCGUGGUCCAUCAACGCGGAAAGCAGCAACAUCCAUCCAUCGAUCGCGCGAUGA